UGAAGUUACGUCUUGGACUAUUGAGCUGUCAAAUGUUCAAGAAAGUCUGAUCCGAAAACAAAAACCAAAUAAGUUAUGAAUAAAAUAAUUGUUGAUUAAUUUAAAUUCUUUGCCAAUGGAAACGUGAGUGUAUUUGAAAAAAAAUACCACAAUUAGCAUAAAUAAAACUUACACGUAUUUUACUGGAAACGUCAUUAGGUGUUAUAAAUAUUGUAAAAAAUAUUGAAAUAUCACGAUCAAGAUGCCUUUAUUUGGAAAGUCGCAAAAAAGUCCUGCUGAUGUUGUGAAGGCGCUUAAGGAGGCAGUCAAUUCUCUGGAGAAAGGGGAUAAAAAAGCUGAGAAAGCACAGGAAGAUGUGAGCAAAAAUUUAGUGCUUAUAAAGAAUAUGCUUUAUGGUACAUCGGAUGCAGAGCCCCAAACGGAUAUAAUAGUGGCGCAACUUGCCCAGGAAUUAUACAACAGUAACCUGCUACUUUUACUCAUCCAAAAUUUGAACCGCAUUGAUUUCGAGGGUAAAAAAGAUGUGGCACAAGUGUUCAAUAAUAUCUUACGAAGACAAAUUGGGACCAGAUCACCUACUGUGGAAUACAUUUGUACGAAGCCUGAGAUAUUAUUCACCCUCAUGACUGGUUAUGAACACCAAGAAAUAGCUUUAAAUUGUGGUACAAUGUUGAGGGAAUGUGCUCGAUAUGAAGCUCUGGCAAAGAUUAUGUUGUAUUCAGAUGAUUUCUACAAUUUUUUCCGAUAUGUUGAAGUGUCCACUUUUGAUAUAGCGUCAGAUGCAUUUUCCACUUUCAAGGAAUUGUUGACCCGACACAAGGUUGUGUGUGCAGACUUCUUAGAAACAAACUAUGACAAAGUAUUUGAACAUUACCAAAGUCUUCUAAAUUCAGAAAACUAUGUCACCAGACGGCAGAGUUUGAAAUUAUUAGGGGAACUCCUACUUGACCGACACAAUUUUACUGUUAUGACUAGGUAUAUAUCUAAUCCAGAUAAUCUAAAAUUAAUGAUGAAUAUGUUGAAAGAACGUUCCCGAAAUAUCCAGUUUGAAGCCUUCCACGUUUUUAAAGUAUUUGUGGCCAAUCCAAACAAACCAAAGCCGAUCCUUGAUAUUCUUUUGAGGAACCAAGAAAGACUAGUAGAUUUUUUGAUGAAAUUCCAUACAGAUAGAGCCGAAGACGAACAGUUCAAUGAUGAAAAAGCCUACCUGAUUCGUCAGAUCCAAGAACUUAGGCCAGUGGCUGGGCAUUAAAUAAUAAUUGAGUUGAACAUUAGACCUAUCGACUCUAUCAAUUUAUAAAUUGGCAUAUCACUGCUGUCUAUUAUUAGUUGAAUUGAGUGAAAUUAUUGUCGGCCCCUAAUUUUUUUUAUCUAAUUGUAGGAUGCACACUUUGGGCUUGUGAUCUCAUCGAAAGAUUCUUGAAGUGUUUAUGUGCAUUUGGUGCUAUUGUCAAUAAUGGGUUAAUAUCUUGUGUUAUUACAUUAGUUAUGUUUUUAUUGGAUGGUGUAGUUAUGUUAUAUGCGAUUUCUAUACAAAAUAGUUUCAGAAGGAAAAAGGAUGGUUUGUGAUGAGUUACACCAAGCAGCUAAUCUAGUUGAAACACUAGAUGAUUUUAACAAUAAACAUUUUUAAAUGUAAUGUUACAAUAUACAAGGAGAUUUUAUUUUUUCAUCAAAUUGAAGAUCCUAAAAUUCCAAUGAUUUCCCUUAUUAUAUGUCAUCAUCUGUCUUUUUAAUAUCCCACUUUUUUAUUAUUUAAACAAUAGGGGCCUUCUAAAAUUGUUUCUACAGUAAGUAGAUAUUAACAAUAUUAUUUUGCUAGUAGUAAUUCUUUAUAUUCUUUCUAUAAUGUUUCAAUUUUUUCAAUAAAUUAUUUUCAGUUUUUGUUUGGUUUUUCUUUUUUAUUAUUUAUGAAUGAAUGAAAAUUUUAUUCGGUCAAUAUUUAGGAAUAAUAGUUGUAUCCUUGUCAAUUAAAUAUUUACAAGUUGAAGAAGUGAUAGUUGAGUUAAAUUGGUGACAGCAGUGAUGUUUUAUAAUUAGUUAAACCAUUUAGAUAAGCAGGACAUAGUUCCUAAUAAUUUUUUGAGAAGCUAAAUGCCUAAAAAGCUAUUUUAUUAUACCUGCCCAAAAUAUUUGCUGGGUUGACUUAGUUCAUUUAAUAAAUGGUAAAUUGCCUCGUUUACCCAAAGAUUCAACUUUAUUUUUUCAAGUAGGAUAUCAUUGAUUGAUAUAAGCCUAAAACAGGACCUCACCUUGUUCUUUCUAGCCUUUCUUUCACCCAUGUUUCAAAUAUAUCCUGUAUUUAAAAAUUUGUAUUCAAUGUUAUGAGACCAGAUCAAUAAAAUCUAUGAUACAGA